AAACGACAAUUGCAGUAGAUACAUAAUUUGUCAGAACGCGGCAUGGCUCUUGUUGCCUUAUCGAUUGUUUACGUAGGGCCGUCUGCUGGCCCAUAGAAGUUUAGUUGCUUUGCAAAGGCUUCUAUUUUCUAGGGGGCUAACAUCCUAUUUGUCUGCCAGGGCUGAGGCCCUUUGGCAGCCAUGUUUCUUUACUCCCUUACUCUAAGUCGGGCCUCUGGCAUUCAGAGCGCCGUGUAUGGCAACUUCUCAGCGCCCAAGGCGCAGGAGGUGGUGGUGUCGCGCGGGAAAAUACUGGAGUUGCUAAGGCCUAAUGAAAAUGGAAAGAUGCAGACCGUGGUGGCGACAGAGGUGUUUGGCUGCAUCCGCUCGAUGGCGGCAGUGCGCUUGACAGGCUCCAACAUGGACCACUUGGUCGUGGGUUCUGACUCCGGCAGGAUCAUCCUGUUGAAAUUCAACAAGGAUAAGAAUGUCUGGGUCAAGGUGCACCAGGAGACCUUCGGGCGAUCGGGGUGCCGACGCAUCGUGCCUGGCCAGUAUGUGGCAGUGGACCCCAAGGGCCGUGCCUGCAUGGUGGGAGCCGUGGAGAAGCAGAAGUUCGUGUACGUCCUGAACCGCGAUGCAGCAGCCAACCUUACUAUCUCCUCUCCGCUGGAGGCACACAAAUCCCACCACAUUACCUUCAGCAUAUGCGGCAUGGACUGCGGCUUCGACAACCCCAUCUUCGCAGCCAUAGAGCUGGAUUACGCUGAAGCUGACCAGGACCCCACGGGCGAGGCGGCCUCCAUGGCCCAAAAGCACCUCACCUUUUACGAGAUGGACCUGGGUCUGAACAACGUGGUGCGCAAGUGGACGGAGCCGGUGGACAACGGAGCCAACCUGCUGGUGGCGGUGCCGGGCGGCGCGGACGGCCCGGGCGGCGUGCUGGUGUGUGCGGAGAACUUCAUCAUCUACAAGAACCAGGAUCACGAGGAGGUGCGUGCCGUCAUCCCCCGCCGCAGCGACCUGCCGGGCGACCGCGGUGUGCUCAUCGUGAGCUAUGCCACCCACAAGAAGAAGGCGUACUCGUUCUUCCUGGUGCAGAGCGAGUACGGCGACAUCUACAAGGUGACGCUGUCGUACGAGGGCGAGGCGGUGACGGAGCUGAAGAUCAAGUACUUUGACACCAUCCCGCCCUGCAGCUCCAUCGCGGUGCUCAAGACGGGCUUCCUGUUCGCGGCCAGCGAGUACGGCAACCACGCGCUGUACCAGUUCGUGGGCACCGGCGAGGACGAUGACGACGUGGAGAGCAGCAGUGCCACACUGGUGCAGUCGGAGGAGGGCUUCCAGCCGGUGUUCUUCGAGCCGCGGCCGCUGAAGAACCUGCUGCUCAUUGACGAGAUGGCCUCGCUCAUGCCCAUCACAGACAUGAAGGUUGCCAACCUGCUGAACGAGGAGAUCCCGCAGAUCUACGCGCUGUGCGGCCGCGGCCCGCGCGCCUCGCUGUCCGUGCUGCGCCCUGGUCUGGCGGUGACGGAGCUGGCGGUGAGCCCGCUGCCCGGCGCCCCCACCGCCGUGUGGACGGUGCGGCGCAGCGUGACGGACGAGUUCGACGCGUUCAUCGUGGUGUCGUUCGCGAAUGCCACUCUGGUGUUCAGCAUCGGCGAGGAGGUGAAGGAGACCAACGAGAGCGGCUUCCUGGGCACCGUGCCCACCCUGCACACGCAGCUGCUGGCGGACAGCUCCAUGCUGCAGGUGUACCCGGGUGGUCUGCGCCACAUCCGCCCCGACCGCCGCAUCAACGAGUGGAAGGUGCCCGGGCGCCGCAACAUCAAGGCGGCCGCAUCCAACGAGAAACAGGUUGCCAUCGCGCUGCAGGGCGGCGAGGUGACCGUGUUCGAGCUGGACCCCGCCACUGGGCUGCUGGUGGAGGCUGAGAAGCGCGACCUGGCUGAGGACGUGUGCUGCCUGGAGCUGCCGCCGGUGCCGGAGGGGCUGGUGCGCGCCUCCUUCCUGGCGGUGGGCACAUACGACCAGACGGUGCGGGUGCUGUCACUGGACCCGGGGCAGGGGCUGAAGAACCUGGCGGUGCAGGCACUGAACUCCGUCCCCGAGAGCAUCCUCAUGCUCUACAACUCCGGCCCCGGCGCCGACCGCUCCUUGGAGGGCGGCCUCUUCCUGCACGUGGGCCUGCAGAACGGCAUCCUCAUCCGCUCCGAGGUGGACCGCAUCACGGGGCAGCUCACCGACUCGCGCACCCGCUUCCUGGGCACCAAGGCCCCCAAGCUGUUCGCGGCCAGUGUGCGCGGCAGCCGCUGCAUGCUGGCGCUGUCCAGCCGGCCGUGGCUGGGGUACAAUGAUCAGGGGCGGUUCAACCUGUCGCCGCUGUCGUACGAUGCGCUGGAUUAUGCCUCGGGCUUUGCCUCCGACCAGUGCCCCGAGGGCUUCGUGGCGGUGGUGAAGAGCACCCUUCGCAUCCUGGCGGUGGAGAACGUGGGCGACGCCUUCAACACGCAGGCCUGCCGGCUGCGCUACACGCCGCGCCGGCUGCUGAUCCACCCCGAGACGCGGCUGCUGCUGAUCGCGGAGGCGGACCAUGCGGCCAUCCCGCUGGCGGAGCGGGAGGACCUGCAGGCCAAGAUGGCGGCCAUGAUGAGCGAGGAGGGGGCGCCGGUGCAGGGUGUGGAGUUCAACGACGAGCUGGCCGCGCUGGAGGAGCAGUUCGGCGCUCCCAAGGGCCAGCCGGGCCAGUGGGCGGGCUGCCUGCGGGUGGUGGACCCCGCCACGCUGUCCACCGUGUUCGUGACGGAGGUGGACAACAACGAGGCCAUCGUGUCCAUGGCGCUGGCGGACCUGGCGCUGCCCGCGGGGGGAGCCGGCGUGGGAGGGCCGCAGGGGGGCACCGAGAAGCUGCUGGUGGUGGGGUGCGCCAAGGGGCUGAGGUACAUGCCCACAGACUGCGAAGCCGCCUACAUCCGCAUCUACCGCCUAGCCGACAGCGGCAAGCGACUGGAACUCGUACACAAGACGGUGGUAGACGGCGGCGUGCCGGGGGCGCUAUGCGGCUUCAAGGGCCGCCUGCUCGCCGGCGUAGGGCCCACACUGCGCCUCUACGACCUGGGCAAGAAGAAGCUGCUGCGCAAGUGCGAGUACAACCGCCUGCCGCACCAGAUCAUGAGCAUCCAGGUGCAGGGCCCGCGCAUCUACGUGGGCGACGCGCAGGAGUCGGUGCACAUGAUGCGCUACAAGAAGACCGACAACUCCUUCUACAUAUUCGCGGACGACAUCGCGCCCCGCUACCUGACGUCGGUGCUGCCGCUGGACUACGACACGCUGGCGGCGGGCGACAAGUUCGGCAACCUGGUGGUGCUGCGGCUGCCGCGGGAGGCCUCGCAGCAGGUUGAGGACGACCCCACGGGCGGCAAGAUGGCCACUGCCAGCGGGCGGCUCAACGGCGCCCCGCACAAGCUGGAGGAGCUGGUCAAGUUCCACGUGGGCGACUCCAUCACCUGCCUGCAGCGGGCGGAGAUGCAGGCGGGAGGGCAGGAGGUGCUGCUGUACGGCACCGCCAUGGGCGCCAUCGGCGUGCUGUACCCCUUCUCCAACCGGGAGGACGUCGACUUCUUCGGACACCUGGAGAUGCACCUGCGGCAGGAGCACCCGCCGCUGUGCGGGCGCGACCACCUGGCCUUCCGCUCCGCCUACUUCCCAGUGCGCAACUGCGUGGACGGAGACCUGUGCGGCCAGUACGCGUCGAUCCCCGCCAAGAAGCAGCAGAUGAUUGCGGAGGCCAUGGACCGCACGCCGGGUGAGAUGCUUAAGAAGCUGGAGGACAUCCGCAACAAGAUCUUGUAGACGGGCUGGCUGGCUGUGCAGUGGCCAUGAACUAUAGGAUGCUGCUGCUGUCACCCCAUGGUGGUUGGGGUGGUGGUGGUUCUAAUUAGUAGUGCUUGCUUUUGGGCGCUUUGGGCAGCGGACGCGCACGUUGUACAUGUUUCUCCUGGGUGUGGUACACGCGGGCUGGAGCCGCCUACUCACCACGUCACUCAGGGAGUUGGGAGGGAACCGAGUUGCGUGGGGCAUGGGUCGGUCAGGUGCUAGCAACUGAAUGGGGGGGGAGUGUUGACAUGAGCCUCUAGGGGUGUGCAGCCGGACUUGAGGAGUUGCAUAGGGCUGCCAUUUGUUUCAUUAUCUAUGACGCCGCUGUCUUGGGGUGCAUUUGAGGCAAGGGGGCAAACCCUGAGGCAUCGGCGAGAGUGCACAUGCAUGUAUGUUUCUUUUACGCUUUACGCUAGGUAGGAUAAGAACUAUUGGGUUUGGGGACUUGCAUUUGUUUUCCGGGACAAGAGCCUAUGGGCCACUCAACUCCCGCUGAUGAGCCAGCCGUGGAGCAGGCCUGGUUACCAGCCCCUCUGGUUGGGCAAGAACAUACCGGUAUUCAGACCCAUGGGACUUCAACGACCCCUGCAAACUGAUUUUCGAGGAAGGUGGGCCAGCUUGAACGCGCGGUGGGUUGCCACAGUUGAUGGCGGGUACACGCCUUUGAUGGAUGGAGCGGAGGUGUGCGAAUCUGGCGUUGGAAGGCGCUACGGCGCCUACCACCAUACUUGUGCCUCGUUUGUGGUCUUCGGACAGUACUGAUGUACUGUGAAGAGCGUGCAACCCCCGCAUGACAGCGACGUGAGGCGUGUGCGGUUUGUGGGUGGGGUGCGUCUUUCGGCGGGCUACC